GUUUUGUGGAGAAGUCACCGCAGAUCAAUGAACUGAGCGGAACAGACGGGCUGAGCAAGCCGACUAUAUCCACGGGAUUUAUGCUGCUUUCCUUUAUUAUUAUUACAUUAUUAUUUCUCGCUACUGUUCUGUCUAAAACACACCUCAAAGAGACUAUUAAUGACAGCCUUGCUCCGUCUCUGUGGUUUGUAGAGCCACACAUACAACUUUGUCCUCCUGGAACACAAGAUAACACACGACAGAAACAUUUACCACAAAAUAAUACACUCGUGUGUGGAUUUUUCCAUCGUUCAGGAUGAUUUUCGCCAAUUCUGGACACACCUUGAGGACGUCGCAUAACCGUAAACAGCCCCCUGUUGGCCCUGCCUCCCACCCGAUGGCUCCACCCAGUCCAGGAACCAACAGCAGCACCAAUCACAGCAGCAGCAGCAGCAGCAGCACAGCCGGCUGGGAGCAGCUCAGUAAAACCAACCUGUACAUCCGCGGGUUACCACCAUCCACCACAGACCACGACCUGGUCAAACUCUGCCAGCCGUAUGGAAAAAUUGUAUCGACCAAGGCCAUCUUAGACAAAACCACAAACAAAUGUAAAGGUUACGGUUUCGUGGAUUUCGACAGUCCUGCAGCAGCUCAGAAAGCAGUCAGUGCUCUGAAGACCAGCGGCGUUCAGGCUCAGAUGGCCAAGCAACAAGAGCAGGACCCGACUAACCUGUACAUCUCUAACCUGCCGCUAACCAUGGACGAGCAGGAGUUGGAGGCCAUGCUGAAGCCCUUCGGUCAGGUCGUCUCCACACGAAUCCUGCGAGACACCAACGGGGCCAGUCGAGGGGUCGGAUUCGCAAGGAUGGAGUCAACAGAGAAAUGUGAAGCCGUCAUCUCUCACUUCAAUGGGAAGUUCCUCAAAACACCAGCUGGAGUUAUGGCCCCAUCAGAGCCCUUGCUGUGCAAGUUUGCGGACGGAGGCCAGAAGAAGCGGCAGAGUCAAAAUAAAUAUGUGCCGAACGGCCGAGGCUGGGGCCGAGACGGAGAGAGCAGACUGGCUGGCAUGACCCUCACAUACGACCCCACCACAGCUGCUAUGCAAAAUGGGUUUUAUCCGACCGCUUACAGUAUUACGAACAGAGUGAUCACACAGACGCCCAUGUCUCCAUAUAUCUCUCCUGUGUCCACAUACCAGGUCCAGAAUCCAUCCUGGGUCCAUCAGCCCUACAUCGUCCAGCAUCCGGGAGCAGUGAUUUCGCCCUCUAUAGAUCACUCCAUGUCUCUUCAGCAAGCGUCCAUGAUGAGUCCCCUUACUCAGCAGAUGAGCACACUCUCGCUCAGCAGCGCCGGGACGUUUAUGCCAGCCAGUCCGGCUCUCCAGGGCCCGUAUAUCCCUCCAUACACUCACAUGCAGACCGCCGCCGUCUCCGUAGAGGAGAACAGUCCACAACCUCAGGUGGAAUCGUCCAGUGAUCAUUCACCUUACACCUAUCAGCAGGCCAAGUGAUGAACAGGGUCACGUUGGUGACUGAGAGAGAAGGAGACCACUGCUAAAUCAACAACAGCUUCCUUUGAAGAACCGGCUCUACCGACGAAUCAACAUUUUGCACAGGUUCUACGAUGAGUUCCUCGGUUUUAUAACAAAACUACUUUGACUAUUUUUGGUAUAAGUUCCAUUAGGUGCAAAUCAAGGAUUCAUUUCAUCAGAGGAUGCUAACAAAGAGGAAAACAAAAAGCAAAUGAGAAAUGGGAAGAAAAAAAAACCAAGAAGUUUUAUUUUAAUAAGGAAACAACGCUUAUUUUCUACCAAGGAUGGUCACAUAGAUGCAGGAGCUUCAUCAUGCGACUCAAAUGUGCAUGGAGAUCUUAUUUUUAUUAUGAUUUCAGAUUUGUGUUUUUGUUUUCUCUCUCUCUCUCUCUCUCUCUC